AUGGAUUACAGGGUGGUGUAUUGGCCGAGGCACUUGUGGAUGUCUGCCUCUACCACUGCAUCUUUAUCGACUGUGUUCUGCCGGCGUCUUUCUCCUACUUCUGUGUGUGUCGUGUCGCUUGACGCAACACCUUCAAGUGAUCUUGAGCUUUUGACCGCAAAAGGCUCGGAAUCUUGCCGCGUUAUACUGUUCGACACGGAAGUGGCAGCAAUUGGAAGCGACGAUACACGUUAUAUUCCGAAGCCUUUGCGACAAAUGGAGAAAUACUUUCAAUCUUGCAACAAUUGUGACAAGAUAGCAGCCACAUCAUCAAAACGGGCGAAAUGGAAUGUUUUACAGACUUUGGGUUUUUACGUUCUGCAUGUGCCAAUUGCUACGCUGCUGACUAUGACUACCGCACUAAAGCAAAUAAUACAUGAGACAAAGACCCCGUCAUGGCUUAUUACAGGUGGCGGUAAGAAUUUGUCGGAGCUGUCGACGUUUUUGUCUGUGCUAUCCUUGCAGGGACAUAAUGCAGCACACAUUGUUAAUCGCUUAGAGCACUUGUAUCGCAAAAAGGGGAGACUUUCACGGCAAGAAAAGCGAGAACUCCUACAAAUUUGCAACUUUAUAUGCUUUUUUUUGCUCGAUGUGGCACUAGGGCGAAUGCUCCUAGCCUACGUAAUCACGACACCAUUUCUGCAAGCCUUCGACACCUGUCCGAAGCUAGUUGUGGAUUUUUUGCGCAGCAAUGUGGAGUGGCUAAUGGGAGCACCCGCGGGUUUUAAGCUAAACAAACCCCUGGCUACAAUUUUAGGAAAUGGCAUUCUCUUAUGGCUGCAUUUGUGGAAUUUUCUUUCUGAGCAACUGGUGGAUGUAGCGAAAAGUAUCCACCUGGGCUGGUGGCUCCUACAAAUAACUCAUUUUUUGGGUCUGACGCUACAGUUGACGUUACUGGCAGAUAUUGUGAGCCUGACGACAUGGCAUUCGCAUUGGGUCUACCUCUACUUUGCAAAGCUUAAUCGUGUACAAUUUCAGCUGUUUUCGUCAUUAUCGAAGCUUUUUUGUGGGAGGAAAAAUAAUGUGCUUCGUCAACGCGUUGACACAUGCGAAUAUGACAUCGGACAGCUUCUGUUGGGCACACUUAUAUUUACUAUCUUAACAUUUCUCGUGACGACCAAUUUGGUUUUCUUUGCCUUCUUCGCGGUAGUGCGCGGAAGCAUCAAAAUGAUUUUGUUGCUGCUGUGGCUGCCAGUUGUAGCAUUAAACUCACUGCCCGUGGCCUCACUGAUUUAUCGAGCGUGGAAUCCAUUCUUUUUUGUCGUUGGGAUGGAGCUUCAAACAUUUGAUUGCAUGCCAGACAAUGAAAUUGUCUUUAGAAAUGUGGGCGUGGGUCGUCAGUCACCGCGUUUAGAUGCUCAGCACAAAAGUGCACUUCGACAAGUGUUUGCAUCCAGAGAAAACAGCAACAUUUCAAACUGUGACAACGCCAUAUUUCAGCUCGUGCCAAUCACUUCCAGCUACACUGAGCAAUUUAUCAGGCUGCGUACAUACCUACAGGCGGAAGCACUGGAGUUGAUCAAGUCCCGUCGAGUGUCCUGUUGGGCUACUUUGAAUCAUCAAAUAGAAGCCAUGAAAAACCCAGUACCAAAUAAUAUUACAGCGCAGUGUAUUACUCCCUUUUGA